AUGGGGAAGAUGGAGAUUGCAGCGGGGCCGAGUUCGCAGGCGCUGACCGGCAAUAAAAAGUACUCCUCGAAGAUGGGCGAGGAUUGGGAGCCCGAGCCGACGAAGGGGUGCACGAGAUACGGCUGCUGCGGGGUGGGCUGGCCCGAUAUCCGACUAAUGGUGUAUGCCGUCGCCUGCCUGUACCUCUUUUUGGGCAUGUUCUACUGGGGGCUCAUCACUGCCGCCCAGGAAGUCCGCCAGGAGGAGUACCUUGAGCUGGCGGGCCGCUUCUUCGGACCAUUCAGCCAGGUCGAGCGCCCGCUUCUUAACAUCUCCAACGAGCCCAUCCCCGUGGGCCAGAUCACCGUCGCGGAGUUCGACACGUUCCGAGACGCGAAGCAGGGAGAACUGAGCAGGGAGUUCAACAGGCCCGAAAAAUGCAGGCCAGCCACCGCCGCCGACGGCUCCGAGUUCCUGGAGUGCGACAGGGAGCUCAAGGAAGACGGGCGGUGGACCCUGUUCCCCUGGGUCACCGACAAGCUCACCACCGGCGAACUCAAUAUCCCUGGCUGCGGCGACUCUACGCCGGAGGCCCCCAGACGCCACUCCUCCCUGGAGAGGGACGGCACCUUUGGCAGCCCGGACAACAAGAACGCCCCCCCGGCACAGUGGGUGCUGGGCCCCAAUACCUGCCUCACCUACGUCCCGAUAUCUGCCCUCCCCUGA